CUUCUUCUUCUUCACGCAGGACCGACCGCUUUAAAACCGCCCACUGACGCGCACCUCUCCAGCUUGGUAUACGCGGCUAAAACCACCAACCCCAUCACAACACAGUCACACUCUUCUGACGGGGAUAUAUCACCCGACAGCGGGAUUAUCAGGAGAGGCGUGUUGUUUUGGCCUGGACCAGGAUCGCGUCGGAUCGGACGAGCUACAAGUCUUCUUUGGAAAAAAUAACAACGCGGGCCAUACGUUGGUGCACACAGACACUAAGACAUUCAGCAUCCUUGAGACUAAAAUAAAUGUUCAAAUUUUCCUUAAUUUAACAACCGCGAAUGAGGAGGGGGUGAAAAAUUGGACCUCCCAGAUACUAUCCUCCAAUGUCCCAGAGACACUAUGACUGCUGUCGGGGCACCAAACUGCUGAGUGAAAACCCCUAAAACGGCCCUUUGACUCUUUUUUACCCAGACAUGAAGGAGGUGAGGCUGUGGACAUGCAGUGACGUCUCUGAUUGGCUGACCGACGAAGGCAUGCAGGAGUACAUGGAUGCAUUGCAGAAUGUGGACGGCCCUGCCCUUUUAAAACUCUCUGAGGAAGACUUUAAGGCCUCGCCUUUGUCUCUGGUCACAGGAGACAGUGGUCGACAGCUUUUGGAACGCAUAGAGACUUUGCGCUUCACCAGCCACAUGAAGGCGCACAAGAACAACAACCACGAAAAAAGUCACCAUGCCAACGGCCACGCUGGCAUCGCCCUUGCCAACGGCAGUGUGAGCAACGGCAAGAUCCCUAAUGGCAUUCCAAAGAACGGCUUGCAUCCGGAGCCGAUUCGCAUCUUGAUUCCGUCGCUGCCUGAGCAGGAGCGUACGCCGUAUCCCACAGAGUGGUUCAAAACAGGCGUGGCCUUCCUUUACGCUUUGUUCUGCUUCCUCACCACAACAGUUGUGAUCUCAGUGGUGCACGAGCGUGUCCCACCCAAGGAAGAGUCUCCGCCCCUGCCAGAUAAAUUCUUUGAUCUGUUCGAUCGUGUGGAGUGGGCGUUUUCCAUCUGUGAAAUCAACGGCAUGCUGCUUGUGGGACUGUGGUUUACACAGUGGCUUCUGCUUAAACACAGGUCCAUAGUCGGUCGCCGGUUCUUUUUCAUUGUGGGAACUCUAUAUUUGUACAGAUGCGUGACCAUGUACGUUACGACAUUACCUGUGCCAGGCAUGCACUUCAAAUGCUCCCCAAAGCUGUUCGGUGACUGGGAGGCGCAGUCACGGCGGGUAAUGAAAAUGAUGGCUGGUGGUGGCCUGUCAAUCACUGGCUCUCACUCUUUGUGUGGAGAUUACUUGUACAGUGGACACACAGUGAUGCUAACACUAACAUACCUCUUUAUUAAAGAGUAUUCUCCACGGAGGUUCUGGUGGUAUCACUGGAUCUGCUGGUGCCUGAGUGCAAUCGGUAUCUUCUGCAUCCUGUUGGCUCAUGAUCACUACACCGUUGAUGUUGUGGUGGCCUACUACAUGACCACACGCCUCUUUUGGUGGUAUCAUACAAUGGCAAAUCAGCAGGCUCUAAAGGAAAUUUCCACUGGCAACCUGUUCUCUCGUGUUUGGUGGUUCGGCCCAUUCCAGUACUUUGAGAGUAACGUCCGUGGCAUUGUGCCUCGAAACUAUCAGCUGCCGUUCUUGUUGCGAACAAUGACGAGCGCCCGGGUUAAAUACAGUAAGCUGGACUCCCGUGAGUCAUGACCCAUGGCUCCCGAUUGGCUGGAGCUCUGUGAGACUCUAAAAGAGAAACUUCUCUUCCCGUCAAGCCCUGCAAAACUGGUUGAGCACUGUGACGCAUAUACACCGAUCAUUUUGUAGUAUUUGAAACAUUUCAGUGUCCCUAGCAGGUAUGUAUAUGUAGAGCAGAGCACCUAACAACUGGAUUUGAUUUGCUGCUCUUUAUAAUAGUUAAAAAUGGCCAGGCCUCGACAGACUUGGUCUGGCAGAAUAUGUCGUUUAAAGUUCAUUUACCUGCCAAAACUGUAUUGAAUAAACUGGAACCCUUAUAGAAACAGAUUUUGUUUUUAAAAAACAUCUUUUUGUAAUAAUUUUAUUAAUUCUGGAGUAAGACUUUUUUCUAAAUCUUUCGCAGGUUUAUUUUCCAAAAACAAGUGUCGUCCAAAUAGAAUAUCUUUUUUAGAUUUGUACCUUCCUGAAAGCUGGAACCCGUACAGCUUCAGUGUUUUAUAGUGCCUUUCUUCCAUACACAGAUAUAUAUUUCAACAUACAGGACAUACACAUGUAAUAUACACACACAUUCAUAAUGUAGAUGCUUUAAACAUUUAUUACAGUGUGUUAACCUGCUAUGUUGUCUGUCUGAAUGUCUGAAAGUUUUGUUUGGCCUGUAAUCAUUAAGAGAGGCAGUAUGUUUGUAUAGAAGCUUUGAAUGUGGAAGGUCACUUCUGCCUUUCACAUUACAACAAUCCUUCGAUUCAAACCCUGAGCACACACACUUCCCAGUGUUUUAAUUUGAAUGAUUGUGUUCAGUUAUUCAUUACUGGAGAUUUACACUUUUGUCAGUUGGUGUAGCAAACAAAAUACAGAUGAAUGAAAAAUAGUGAAGCUAUAGUGUUCAUCUGUCAAAAAAAACACUCAAAUUUUGCCACGACUAAAGGGCUGUUUAUACAGGAUGUGUUUUGCUUUCAAAAAAGGUAUUGUGUAAUUGUUUUUAACAUGCAAAACACAGUGAUUGUGGUCAAAGAUGUCUGUGUAGGGCCUGUUUACAUAGCGAAACAACUAAAAGCGGUGCAGAUGUGUGCCAGAAUGCAUCUUUGUGUUUUGUAGCUAAUUUAAUCCACCAAAGUUUGAACCAUGAGAACAAAGUUUUCAAAGCUAGGCUUUGGAAACCAUCCUAAUUGACAGAAAAGAUUUAUUUAUACAGAUUAAAUGUUUACAAUAUUACACAUGAAACUAAUAAUGUAAGUGUAUGUAAAUGAGGUAAUCUGUACAUUAAAUAACAUGUAGUAUUGUUGUAUGCUGUACAACAUAACAUGUUUAUCUGUCAAAGUAAAUGACCCCAAUAUACGUGUAGUUUUAAAUGAUAAAAGUUUAGUAAAAGAAGCUAUUCGAGGGCGUUUUUUUUUAUUUUGUUUUUUUUUAAUGUGAAGUGUGUCUGCUCAAAUUAUGCUUCCGCUAGCCAAAGGGAAUCAUCAAGUCUCUUGCUCAAUCGCCAGAAGUGUUGUACAUGUCCUAGAGCAAGAACCAAAUAGAAACUGGUGUUAUUUUUAACAGGUAGACUGAAUGAUAGACAAGACAGGCCUGUAAAACGACUGAAUGAGUCUCUGAACUGUGAAUGUACAAUCAGUGACUGCACAGUUUAAAACUGGAAGGAAAAUCAGAAGCACUUUAAAUUGAUACACACUUCUCCGACACACCGCACUUCAUUGACCUGGAGCGUAAAAACACUAUUUUAUUAUUCCCCCAAGUAACAGCCUGAUUGAUGGUUUUACUGUAUGCUUUCUUUCAAAUGAAACUGACAGUGGAAUCAGACCUGUGAAUGUGCGACAUGUACCAAUAUGCAGCUGUAAUGUAUGUAACACUUAGUGUUGAUAUGAAUGGCUGCUGUUUGCCACAGAGUUUUAUUGUUUAAUUUCAUUUUUUUGAGAAAAUGGAACAUUAAUAACCAGUGUUGGGUUCGAAAAGAUUUUAAGUUCUAAAUAAUAAAGUGUUUGUUUAUUUAAUUGGGAAAUCCAGAUUGUUAAGCUGUUAAUUUAGCUGAGAGAAGUGAACAGAGCAUUGGCUUCUGAUAAAAUAUCUGUAAAUGCAUGUUGAUGUUUUUUGUUGUUUUGUUUCCUUAUUGUCAAUCAUAAAUCCAGCAUUGUCAAAUUACUUUAUGUUGUCUAAUGUAAACCAGGUUAUUUGUGCUAAACAAUCUCUUAAUAUGAGACCAGGAGUGGGGCAGAUAUUGAAUAAAAAUUUUAAUAUUC